CCCAGGGGGGUGCCCCCCUCCCGCGGGGCCGUGGCCGGGCCCGGCCGCUUUGUCUGCCCGCGCACCCCGGGCGGGAGGCGGGCGUUGGGCUCGGGGCCCGAGGUCGGCCCGGCGAGUCGGGGGAUGCGCGCCAGGGGCGUCCGCUCCGCACUCGGGGGACUGACAGGUCGGCCGGACACGGCCGUGGGGCCGGAGCCACCCCGGACACCUGAGUGGGGAGGAAGCGAGGUCCCGGGGAGGAAGGAAUGGCUUUGGUUUCCCCGCAGCCUGGUUUACACGUAAAGAAUGCAGCCAUCUGGCGGCUUGCGGUCCCUGGACUUGCCCCGAAGGUGUGGGAAGGAAGCCUUUCGGAUUGGACUGAGGUUUUAAUCAUCGGUGGUGGGAGGCGGGAGGAUAUGCGGGGCCUUAGGAACGGUAGUCUCCGAGAACAAAGAAUUAUAGAGCACCCACAAAUCGUAAUCUCGCCCAGAGUACUCUAACAAGGUUGAAAUAGAGCAAAAAUUGGACACCUUUUUAGACAGGUGUUCUUGAGCACCACUGACAACACGGUUCUGACAGUAUUUCAUGACAAUGGAUGGUGACAGUUCUACAACAGAUGCUUCUCAACUAGGCAUCUCUGCAGACUACAUUGGAGGAAGUCAUUAUGUUAUACAGCCUCAUGAUGAUACUGAGGACAGCAUGAAUGAUCAUGAAGACACAAAUGGUUCAAAAGAAAGUUUUAGAGAACAAGAUAUAUAUCUCCCAAUUGCAAAUGUGGCUAGGAUAAUGAAAAAUGCCAUACCUCAAACAGGAAAGAUUGCAAAAGAUGCCAAAGAAUGUGUUCAAGAAUGUGUAAGUGAGUUCAUCAGCUUUAUAACAUCUGAAGCCAGUGAAAGAUGCCAUCAAGAGAAACGGAAAACAAUCAAUGGAGAGGAUAUUCUCUUUGCCAUGUCUACCUUAGGCUUCGACAGUUAUGUGGAACCUCUGAAAUUAUACCUUCAGAAAUUCAGAGAGGUAAAUAAAAUGAACCAAGAAACGUCAGACAUCAUUGUGUGUCAGGCCUUUGGCAUGGGUGAGCGAAUGAGACGCAGGCCAGAGUGA